GCCUUGCCAUGCUGGCGGGAGUCCGGCCUGGGUGGCAAGAUCCCACCACUGCGGAGGCAGUUGUUUCAGAUGCAUCUUCGAGAUCAUCUGAUUCCAACUACCUGGACCAGGGUGAAUCUGCUAAGCGACCUGUGCGCCCGCCACGACCUGCGCUCUUGCGAUCCUUGGAGGAGCAGCGAGCUGAUGCGCAACCAGUUGCGGAGGAACAUAGCUCCAUAUCUUUCAGCCACGGCAAAGCUGCUGGAAACAUGAGUCGGCCAUGGGAGGACACAAAGCUGCCUUCUCAUCCAGUCCGUGCUGAUCCGAAGUUGAAGGUGGAGAAGAUGUUGGAGCCAGCAAGGCGAGCUGCUGAGGCCGAUCGAAAGGCGGUGAAAGGAGCCGUCGCAGCCAUUGGCAAUCUUGUCCAGGAGCAGCUGCAAAUGAAGUACGGAAUAUCGUUGGACCUGGACGACUUCAUCCGCAAGGUGGACAGCUUGUGCCGAGCACAGCUCAAUGGCGAAGACUGGGACCCACAACAAGUUGUCUCCUGCUUGAAUGGCAUCAAGGAUAUGCGUUUUCGCACUCGUGAUGCUGCACGCGUCCUGGAGUUGCGACUGGAGCCUCGGAGUACUCCGUCCUUCGAGAGCUUAGUGGAGGAGGUUAACUUCAUGCUUGGCACAUCAAGUGCUGUGGCCGUUGUCACUAGCAGAGGUGGCCCUUCCACUGCUGUAGCAGUCUUCCGUGAGGACUAUGCGCGUUCUCGAAUUGGCCUGGUGGGGCGAUGCUAUGAUUUGUCAUCCGAACCUUUGGCUUCCUUCACUGCAAGCCAACUUGACUAUGCCCUCAUGCUGAGCGUGUCAAUCGUGGAGGUGCUUCGAUUGCAGGGAGAAGCUGAAGCAUUGCCGCGGCUUCGGGCAGAGUACUUGAGCCUCAACAAUGGUAAAGCCUCUGCUUCGCGGACCUCAGAUGUCCCAGAGCCAGUGACGCAAGAGCAAAACAUCUCUCGUCAAGUGUCUGAGCAGCGGGGACGGCAGGGCCUUGCUGAUGCACUGAUGGAAAGAAGAGCCGCAGAAGCUUCUCAGCCCAGUGUUGUCAGUAUGGCCAUGGAUUGGCUCUGGUCUGGAGGGCGUUCUUCAUGGAUGCCUUCCUCAUCUUCCCAGCGUCCACAGAGAACGGGCACAAGUGCUCCUCCUUCAUCUCAGCGCCAUGUGCCACAGUAUCCCAAUGUCCUUCAGGGAGAAGCGACCAAGCUGAACUUGCAGAAGGUUCCGAGAAAGAUUUCUCCUACUGGACGGUUUGGCUACAGCCCAGGCCGUUUCAGUAGCCAUCGCUCAUCCUCUCGGCCGGGUGCUCGGCAGAUGGACACGCCUGCGCCACUGCUCAUGGCAGCGGGUCCUGGCCCUGCCACGCUAUCUCGUGCUGACUCGCCGGAGACUCCACCGGCAGCCCGCAUGCGCAAGGACGAAGUCACAUGGGGAGAGGAGAUGCCGAAAGAUUUGGUCAUCGAAGAUCCGCCGCAGAGGCCAAGAAGAGAUAAGUCAGCGAAUUGGGGCUUUUGCUCCUAGCGCUCUGUACCAUUCUGCCGCAGUGAGUGGAAGACUAGAGUUCGGACAUCUCAGUUGGAC